AUAGGCAGGAGAGAGGCACAGCGAAUGAGCUCAUCCUUCCAGCAGCAGCUGCAUAGCGCAGCGAGGCAGAGCCACAACUUUUUUUUCCUCUAUCGAACUUCCAAGUUGCGUCUCGGCCGGGGUUUGAAAAAAAAAAAGAAGAAAUAACUGAGUCGACGGGCCACGUUUGAAGGUUAAAAAAAAACAAACAAAAAAACAAGAGCGAGGAGCAGGACGUGGGAGGUCGCGUGUUGCUGUUUUAUGUCAAGGACUUGUGGGAUCCCAAUUGAACAAAAGGAAAGGCUUCGUAUUGUGUUUUGUCCCACAAGAAGAAGGAGAGCGAAAAGCACCCCGGUGGCGGAAAGCUGAGAAGACCAGUGGUUGGAGUAAAACCAUGCUAAUGGAAGGCUUUGUCAUAGCCGCAAAUUCUAUGCAGGCUUGAGUGAGGAAGUGGCGGGCUUGCCCCUUCCCCCUUUUUUUUCUGCUGACAAUCAACCUGCUCAUGAAGUCGGGGAGCAGCAAUCCAUUACAGAGGCAGCCAUGUCUACCUGCUGAGUGCCAUUAGCCUUCGGCACUCGCGUCAUGACCAGCCUGAAGCGCCCAUCAAUGGAGUGCACCGUCGGGGGCUCGGUCCCUGCCAGCGAUGAGUUUUAUCCUCGCCAUAUGCGCAUGGUCAAUGGCGGCGUCGUGCCGACCCGCACGGACACUGUCCAUGGCACUGUGAGCACAGGAGUGCCAAAGAUGGGCGUAAGGGCACGUGUGGCCGAUUGGCCACCGAGGAAGGAUGUUUCACGGGUUCUGUGGCACUCGAACACAGAGUCUGAAAUCAUGAGUGUGCCUCUGAAAAAUCACAUUAAAUUAGGUUCAAUUAUUAGCCCUCAGGACUCAUCAAUGCUGCGGAAUAUCCACAAUACUUUAAAAAAUCGAACACAGGCCCAGGCUAACAACUACUGCGCUGACACUCGCUAUUUGGUUCCCGGAGACUACAGAAGUCCACCACGCCGAAACCCACAACAGAGGCGAAUCCGUCAGCGCAGCAAUAGUGACAUGACCAUCAGUGAGAUGGAAGCUGGUGGAGACAGCGGAGAGGACUGGGGUCCACCACUGGGCGCCAAAUGCUCCCCUCUUCACCGGGAGUACGGCAGCACAUCUUCAAUAGACCAACAUGGGGCUUCUGGUGAGAGCUUCUUUGAAAUGCUUAAAGGCUACCAAGGGAAUGUAGACCAGCGUAGCCCAGCUCCAGAUCAACUUGAGGACAUGCUGAAUGUUCGGCCCAAGCAGGCCAUCCUUGACCUCUCCGAGAACGCCACGGAUGGCCAGCCUCCGAAAGCUAAGGACAGGGAGAAGCCUCCAAAGAGACGCACUAAAUCGGAGACUGGGGGCGAGUCUAUAUUUCGUAAGCUUCGUAACGUGCGGGGCGAUUCUGACUCGCCGAGAGCCGGGUCGGAUGUAGAGGACAGUCGAAUGGAGGAGAUGGGGCCAUCGCUAAAGCCGUGGGUCUGUCAGAAAGGUUUCGCCCACUACGACGUCCAGAGCACGUUGUUUGACCUCAACGAAGUCAUUCAGUUGCGGCAAAACGUGGGCAGAAGGAAGAACAACACCACCACGGGGGCUUCUGCCGCCGCCAUUGCCUCGGCCACCUCCACCCUUUCAUCCACCCACAGCCUUCAAUACAGCUCUCCUAGUGGUAGUCAGGAGGACAUCAACUUCCGAGAAAGCCCUGGCCUGGACUCAGGGGAUGAACAGAGCAACGAGGUGCUGCUCAGUUGCCCCUGCUUCCGAAAUGAGAUAGGCACAGAUGGCAAUGGGAGGCACAGAUUGGGAGCAAAUGGGGCAAGCUUUUACGGACAUGUGGGUGGUGUAGUAGGUAGUUCUGGGAACUUGAAUGGAGAAGGAAACGUGUAUGAAAGCUCUGUAAGCACACACUGCACCAAUGCUGGAGUGGCUGUGCUGGAGGGACCAAAGGAGGGCCCAAGCACACUCAGCGAAAAGGCCAAACAGUACAUCGUCGAGCACGUGGACCUUGGUGCUUACUACUACCGAAGGUUCUUCUACUUAAGGGAACACUGGAACUACUUUGGGAUGGAUGAGGCUUUAGGUCCAGUUGCAGUGACCGUGCGCAGAGAGAAGUUGGAGGAGGACAAGGAGCACGGCCAGCAGUAUAACUACCGCCUCAUCUUCAGAACCAGCGAGCUCACAACACUCAGAGGUUCUAUCUUUGAGGAUGUGGUGCUCUCCACCUCCAAGCACGGCACUGCCCGAGGGCUGCCAAUUAAAGAUGUCCUGGAGUAUAUUCUUCCAGAGCUGGAUCUGCAAUGCCUUCGACUGGGCCUCAACACCCCCAAAGUCACAGAGCAGCUGAUGAAACUGGACGAGCAAGGACUGAGUUUCCAGGUAAAGGUGGGGGUGAUGUACUGCCGGGCUGGCCAGAGCUCCGAGGAGGAGAUGUACAACAAUGAGAUGGCGGGCCCCGCCCUAGAGGAGUUUCUGCAGCUGCUGGGAGAGAAGGUUCGCCUCAAGGGCUUCACCAAGUACCGAGCCCAGCUGGAUACCAAAACGGACUCCACGGGCACACAUUCCCUGUACACAUCCUACAAGGACUACGAGCUCAUGUUCCACGUGUCCACUUUGCUACCUUACACACCUAAUAACAAGCAACAGUUACUGAGAAAGCGCCAUAUUGGGAACGACAUCGUGACCAUUGUGUUCCAGGAGCCUGGUGCACACCCCUUCACCCCAAAAGCCAUUCGCUCUCACUUUCAACAUGUUUUCAUUGUUGUAAGAGUGCAUGAUCCCUGCUCAGACAACACGUGCUACAGUGUGGCAGUUAGCCGCUCCCAGGACGUUCCCCCCUUUGGUCCUCCAGUCCCCAAGGGCGUGACCUUCCCGAAGUCCUCCGUCUUCAGGGACUUCCUGUUGGCGAAAGUCAUUAACGCUGAAAACGCAGCCCACAAGUCGGACAAGUUUGGCGCCAUGGCGACGCGCACGCGGCAGGAGUACCUGAGAGACUUGGCGGAACGUCACGUGACCAACACUCCAGUAGAGCCCACCGGGAAGUUCCCCUUCAUUUCCCUGGCACAUAAACGCCGGGAGAAAGUGCGGCCCUACAGUGGGGCGGAGCUCCGGAGCCUAGGCGCCAUAACCUGGCAGGUUCACGCUGAAGACCAGGUGGCAGGCGCUGAGCGGGAAUGCCUGUUGGCCAUUUCAAACGACUUCGUAAUCCUACUGGAUCAGGAAGCCAAAGCGGUUGUGUUUAACUGUGCCACGCGUGACGUGAUUGGUUGGUCCACCGGAAGUCCCGCCUCCUUGAAGAUCUUCUACGAGCGUGGCGAAAGCGUGUCACUUCGCUCUAUCAAUAACAACACAGAAGACUUCGGAGAGGUGGUCAAGAGACUAGAGCUGUUGACCAAGGGCAGUCAGACCGCAGAGAUGACGCUACGUCGAAACGCCCUGGGCCAGCUGGGCUUUCAUGUCAACUUUGAGGGCAUCGUGGCUGAGGUGGAGCCCUACGGCUACGCUUGGCAGGCCGGGCUGAGGCAGGGCAGCCGACUGGUGGAGAUCUGCAAGGUUGCCGUGGCGUCGCUGUCGCACGAGCAGAUGAUCGACCUGCUCCGGACGUCCGUCACCGUCAAAGUGGUCAUCAUUCCUCCUCACGAAGACUCGACACCGCGCAGAGGCUGCUCAGAAAUCUAUCACAUGCCGCUAGUGGACUACAAAAACCACAAGGAGGGAAUGCCCUAUGAGUUGAAGUUCCCCUUCCGCCCGGCCACUAACAGCAACACCAAAUGGCCGAGAACAUCCUCCAGCCCUCAGACGCGGCCUGCCGGCUCGGGCGGAACGCUUAUCAAGGCUCCUCCCCCGGACUUCAGCAACUCUGCCGCCAUGCCGCGCAGUGUGUCCAGCGACGGACGGCCUGUCAUUCCCAAAAGGUAUUCACCCGGAAACGAAAACUACGCCCUAGCCUGUUCCAUUGUGAUGGGGCGCACGCUUCACAACACAAACUCUCCCUCCGGCCUCCCCUACACUGACAACAUGAGCUCCAACCACUGGAGGCAGAAGUCUAUGCCUGAGGGGUUUAAUAACAACAACUGCCAGUCCCCUGUGUCUUCUGCGCAACUGUUGCCAGGUGACAGUGCUAGUGCCAUCAAAAUGAGCUCCAGCACAGGAGCUGCUUGGUCCCGAAAUGGCGAGGGAGAGGCAGCAUGUAGACAGGGGGAAAAAACAGCUCAAGAAACUUCCAAGGCGGUCAUUCCUCGACUCCAGCCACCAGAGCAGAGUGGGCACAUUUCACCAAACAAAAGUGCUAAGGUGGACGCGCCAUAUUCCUCCAGCCAGUCCAGCAGCAACACACUGUCAAGCAAUGCGUCGAGCUCCGCCCACAGCGACGAGAAGUGGUACGAAGUGGGCUCGCGUUCGGGAGUACGCGGUGAUCUGGAGCUCGGCGGCUACCUCCAGGGCGCGUCCACCGACAGCGGCAUCGACGCCACGUCCUUCACCGCCACACAGAGCAGCACGGGCUCCUCCAACGCCGCCUUCAGGGCCACGGACGCCGUCGCGUGGCAGGACGAGGCGGCAGGCGGGCAGCGAGGGGGUGACUCUUCGCCGCCCUCUCCAGACUCCCUUGUGCCUGCUGGGGGAGGAUCUGCGAACCCGUUGAAGAGCCCGUCGGCCUUUCCUGACUCCGCUUCCCAUUCCAGCAGCACACUGAGUUCUGGGCCCCCUGGGAACCAGGAGGAGCCGACUACAGACACAUCACCCACCUCCCAGAAUUCCCCGGGGCCCAAGACAUUCUACCCGAGGCAGGGGGCCACCUCAAAGUUCUUGAUCGGCUGGAAAAAACCCGGAGGGACCGUCAACUCUAUCGACUUUGGAAGCACUCGGAAACGGCACCAGAGUGAUGGUCUGUUGGUCAGUCAGCCGCAGCUCAGAGCCAAUCUACGUGGCUCGCAGUCACCUCAGCGACACACUGCCAAGUCCAGCCUGGAAGAAGACUUGAAGAAGCUCAUCAUGCUUGACAGCCCUCCUCCCACCACCAGUGAAGAGAAGCCAUUCCCUGCACCGACGCCUACCCGCCGCUCCCUCCAGAGGACGCUGUCAGAUGAGAGCAUCUACAGCGGGCAGAGGGGGUCCAUCUCCAGCGACAAACGUGACACCCCCAGUGACCUUCUGUUCAGCUGCUCAACCGUGCCGCGCUCACCCACCGCUCGCAACGCAGCCAGUCGCCGAACAUCGCACAAAUCCCUGGGAAACCUAUCUGCCCCCGAGAGCACCGAAUUAGAACGAGAGAGGGCCAAGCAGCAAGUGCAGGACCCUGCCCUAAUGCCCCUCCCUAACACUAGGACAGAUGGCCCGCUGGACUGGGCCCACUUGGUAGAUGCCGCCAAGGCUUUUGAGGAGCAGAGACUGGUCUAUCUGGCGGCCCAGGAGGAGAACUCCAUGGCUGAGAGCCCAGCAGGUGUCAGCCCCCAGCAGGCUGAGCCUCAGGCGGCCCCGCUCAGACAGCCCUCGCCUGGUGAGACACCAGCCUGUUUAAUGGGGAAAGUCAGCCAACUGGAGUCAAUGGUGACAGCACUGCAGGAAGACCUGAAAAGAGAGAAGGAUGCUAAGGCGUCCCUGCAAAUUCAGAUCCAGGGCUUGCGCGAAGACAACCAGCGCCUCCUGGAGGAGUCAUAUAGCGCUUCGGCAAAGCUCAAGAAGUUCACCGAGUGGGUCUUCAACACCAUCGACAUGAACUGACGGUGACCAUGCAACCACAAGGGAGCAGAACCACUAAAACUCAGCAGUACGCACGUCAUUUUCACCCUUCAAGGGGGACCCACUCAUGCUCUUAAAAAGCGACGGACACUUUCUUGGUGUUUAUGUCAUAACGUUGCCAACGUCACCUUCCGCCUUGGGAAUCGGACGACCGAGCACGCAUGCGUUCCUUUCCUUAAGAAUUGACCGAUGGUGCUGACUUGUCCCUGCAUGUCAGAGAAGAGAACCAAUUAAAACAACUGAUACAAUUAAGAAAUGUCUCGUAUUCCUCUGAGAAGGUUAGACGACGUCUAUUUGGCAUUUUGUGGAGGACAUAUUGAUUCCCCCCACUCAGUGCUAACACUGAAUAUUUUUUUGGACUGCCCAAAAGAGAAUAUGUGUAUAUAUAUGCUAAAUGAUAGUAUCCUAUUAUUGUAGCAGUGUGAGUAAACACACAGACAGCCUUUGCAUAGCACAUACUGUAAACACUGUAAAGUCAGGCGUCUGUCAUGUGUAAAAGAUUGUACAAGCUGCAAGUGUACAGUAUACAACUACAACUGCAGGCGCAAACUGUUUAUCUUUUGUAUAAAAAAAAAAAGGGCCAGAUUGCGGUUGUCAGGAAAAUGGUUUUGACUGCUCAUUUAUUCCACCAUCUUGUAAAUAUAGGAUUUAUUUUUCUCGCCACCUCGCCCGCGCCCUCCUCGAUGAGAUAUUUAAAGAGUAUUUAUGAAUAAGAUGAUGUCACAGAAGAGAAAAGCAGCCAUAUGCAGGUGGGGAUGCCUUCAUGUACGCCACGCAAUCAGAUGCAUAGAAAGUAUGAUAUUUAAUCUGAAAAAAAAAAUGUGUAUAAUUCCUGAAUAUAUAUAUAUAUAUAUAUAUAUAUUUCCAUAGGAGGUUAAGCUAAGGAAUUUCUGAAAUAUUCCAUUGGACAUGACUUGUGAGAAUUCACUGGAAAUUUGCGCCAAUUUAAAUUGGCCAUAAGCACAUGUGAUAUUUUAAAAUAGUAUAUAUGAAAGUUAUAUUUACAGGUGAAUCUCAAUAAAUUAGAAUAUUGUAGAAAAGUGUAGAAAAUAUUGUUUCAUUCGAAAGGUGGAACUAAUUAACGCUGUAUAAAGAAGAAAAUAUUUCAUAAUUUUAUUUAUAUAUACAGGCGGCUUGAGAAACUGGUGGCUAAUGCUGGCGCCCAUACCGAAUUUUAUUAUAUAUAUAUAUAUAUAUAUAUAUAUACAUUAGGUGAUUGAAAAGUAACUCCCUGUUUUUAAGUAGUUGUAAUUUAUUUCUGAACUAUAAUUCUUAGAAGAAAUGAACAUGAGAAGAAAGUGUAUUGCAUGGAGUUUUAUUUAAAAUUGGAUAUGGGCGCCAGCAUUAGCCACCAGUUUCUCAAGCCCCCUGGGAACCGCAUUAACUGAUUUCACCAGGAACUCUUGUGGGAUGGAAGACAUAUCUUCUCGUAUUCGCCCUUCAAGUUCUUCCAAAGUCGUUGGUUUGGCAGAAUAGACUUGCUCCUUUAAUUAUGGAACAUACACAAAUAAAUGGAGAAAAAUAUUACAACUUAUUACGGAAGUGUAUUGCUGCCACACCAAAAAACAAAACAAAAAAAAAGGUUCACUAUCAGGUGAUACUUUUCAUGUUAUAACAUGAUAUGGUUCACGUUAUAAUGUGAUCAAUUACACGUUAUAACGUGAUUAAUUUCAUGUUAGACCAUGAAAAGUUUCACGUUAUAACAUGAAACAAAUUAGGUUAUAACGUGAAACUUUCACAUUAUAACAUGAAAUUAUUCACGUUAUAACGUGUAGUUUAUCACAUAACGUGAAACAUAUCACGUUAUAACAUGAAACGUAUCAUGUUAUAACGUGAUGGCGAACUUUUUUUUUUUUUUUUGGUGUGGCAGCAAUACGCUUCCGUAACAUAUGAAUCAAUUAUAAGUAUUUUAAAAUAGGGAGUUACUUUUCAAUCACCCUAUAUAUAAUUUGGAUAAUUACAUAUGCCUAAUGAAAAUACUAAAUUCCCUAUCAAGAAAUUUUAACAUUACACAAAUUAGGUAGAUAAUGGCCAUCUAAAAAGUAUUUUAGCAUGUUUUAUGUUUUUCAUAUUAUUAAUGACUAAACUGAGAGAUUGCAGCUAUUGGUGCUUUUCUGUGUUCCUCAUAGUAACACACACCCCGCCUCAUGUCCAUUAUAUUUAAACCUUUUCCCUCUUCACUUGGAUACUGUCCAAGUGUGCGACGCUUCUGAAAGACAAUUUGACACUCAUCACAAUUUGCACCUUCAUUGAGAUUUUUUUGUUUUGCUAACAGCUUCUACUGUAAAGGAGAGCAUACGGUAUAGGCGGUAGACGGAAUGAGUCAGAGGCCCCUUCUUGAACCUUCACCCUGAACACGUGUGACGGCAUGUGACUGUCUUCCCAUUCACUUGUGAUGUGUACAAAAUGUUUAUAUCUAUUAAAAAUAUUUUGUUCAGUUAU